GGGCUGGCUGGGCUUUCGGCAGGGCCUGCGCCCGGGCCGCGGCCCCUUCCCUGCGUGCGGCGCAGCCCGCCGCCCGCUACGGGCGCAGUUCUGCCUCCCGCGUGCUGCCGUCCGGCGCGGGGCGGCCCGCGGCGCCCGGGGCUGGCUGGGCGCCCGCCGCGGCGCCCGGGCGCGCGGUGCCCAUUGGCUGCGGCGGGGGGAGUGGCGGCGGCGGCGGCGGCGGCGGCGGCGGCGGGCCGCUCUCGCCUCUCGCCGCCAUGCUGCUGGGCCGCUGGCGGUUCCUGCGCCGCGCUGCCGCGGCCCGCUCCGCCCGCGCCUACCGCGGCGACGCGGUGGCGGCCGUGGGCUCGCCGCCCGACGCCAGCUCCUCGCUGUACCAGGAAAACUAUGAGCGAAUGAAAGCACUAGUAAAUGAACUCAAAGAGCAAGCAGAAAAAAUCAAAUUAGGAGGUGGAGAAAAAGCCCGUAAGCUUCACACAUCGAGAGGAAAGCUGUUACCCAGAGAGAGAAUUGACAGGCUUAUUGAUCCAGGGUCUCCGUUCUUGGAGUUCUCCCAGUUUGCAGGUUACCAACUGUAUGGUAAGGAAGAGGUACCAGCAGGAGGCAUUAUCACAGGCAUUGGACGAGUAUCUGGGGUGGAAUGCUUGAUUGUUGCUAAUGAUGCAACUGUCAAGGGUGGUACCUAUUAUCCCAUCACUGCUAAGAAACAUUUACGUGCUCAAGAAAUCGCAAUGCAAAAUCAUCUCCCAUGUCUAUACUUGGUUGAUUCUGGAGGAGCCAAUUUACCACGGCAAGCAGAAGUAUUUGCAGAUCGAGAUCAUUUUGGUCGUAUUUUUUAUAAUCAAGCAGUCAUGUCCUCACAAGGAAUUCCACAGAUAGCAGUAGUAAUGGGAUCCUGUACAGGAGGAGGAGCAUAUGUACCUGCAAUGGCAGAUGAAAGUAUUAUUGUUGGCAAACAGGGAACAAUAUUCUUGGGAGGACCACCAUUGGUUAAAGCAGCAACAGGUGAAGAGGUAUCAGCAGAGGAUCUCGGAGGGGCUGAUCUUCACUGCAGAAAAUCAGGUGUAACAGAUCAUUAUGCUUUGGAUGACAGUCAUGCACUUCAUCUAGCUAGGAAAGCUGUAAGAAAUUUAAAUCGACAGAAGAAAGUAGAUGUGACUAUAGAACCAUCAGAAGAGCCUUUAUUUCCUGCUGAUGAAAUAUAUGGAAUAGUUGGUCACCAGCUAAAAAGAAACUUCGAUGUCAAAGAGGUCAUUGCUAGAAUUGUAGAUGGAAGUAAAUUUGAUGAAUUCAAAGCCUUAUAUGGGGAUACUUUAAUCACAGGAUUCGCAAGAAUAUUUGGUUAUCCAGUAGGAAUUAUUGGAAACAAUGGAGUUCUCUUCUCAGAGUCAGCAAAGAAGGGCACACAUUUUAUCCAGUUGUGUUGUCAGAGAAAUAUUCCCCUUGUGUUUUUGCAAAAUAUUACAGGUUUCAUGGUUGGUAGGGAAUAUGAAGCUGGAGGGAUAGCAAAAGAUGGUGCCAAGAUGGUAACUGCUGUAGCGUGUGCCAGUGUACCUAAAAUAACAGUAAUAAUUGGUGGAUCCUAUGGUGCUGGAAACUACGGGAUGUGUGGAAGAUCGUAUAGUCCAAGAUUUCUUUAUAUGUGGCCAAAUGCUCGCAUAUCUGUGAUGGGAGGGGAACAAGCUGCAACUGUUUUAGCUACAAUAGCUAAAGACCAAAAAGCAAGGGAGGGAAAACAGUUAUCUGAGGCAGAUGAAGCAGCUUUGAAGGAGCCAAUCAUUAGGAGGUUUGAGGAGGAAGGAAACCCUUAUUAUUCCAGUGCAAGUUCCUACAUAAGAUCUUGGACCAAAAGAACAAGUUUUCAUUACUGUGGAUCAGCUGCUGAACCAGAAACAAUCCCCGAUGACAUGAAGUACCACUACAGUCUUGGAGGGAUUCAACCACCUGCACCUUGGAGCCAAGCCAUUUGUCAGCCAAAAUCAGCAGUUGCUUAUUGAUUAUGGGAUGAUGGAAUUAUUGAUCCAGCUGACACGAGACUGGUUUUGGGCCUCAGUAUCAGUGCAGCACUAAAUGCACCUACUAAGAAGACAGAAUUUGGGGUUUUCAGGAUGUAAUAGAAAUGCGUACUACAUGUCAUAAUCAGCUGUGUAUAUUUUAAUUGGGGCUAGAGAGCAAACUAAUUGCAAUGUUGAGGUGUUUUAAACUGAUUAAAAAAUAAAGAUUUGUACACUGUUUUGGAUGGAAGUGUCCUAAUUACAUUUUCACUGAAUAAUCCUCACACUGUGCUUUAGUGUUUUAACACUGAUUUCAGGUCGGUCACUGGUAGUGCUUGUAUAACACCACAGUGUCCAUUUGGUGAUUAACUUGUAACUUCUGACAUUAAGUUAAAUGUUUGACAAGAAACAUUCAUAUUAUCUCUUAAAUAAAAUUGUGCAAAAUAAAAUCUGCAAAAUAGGCUGUA